AUGACAGGUGUGGCUGCGAUUAUUGCCAUCGCUGUGACUGUUCCUCUCGUUAUUAUCAUUAUUGUUAUCGUCGUGGUUGUUGUCUUGUGUCGACGUUGUAGGGCAAGAAGAACUACAUCUACUACAGUGAUGUAUACUGGUGGUGUUCAGCAACCAGGAGUUGUAGUUCCUGGGCAACCAGGACUUGUAAUUCCUGGGCAACAUCCCGGACAGACUGCGGGGUCCCAGUCUUUGUAUCCGCCAUCUCAGUCUUAUCCUCCACCUCAUUUUUAUCCCCCACAGCAACCUUAUCCAUCACCUCACGUUUUUAACCCGCGUAAUGAAUCAGAAAUCCAGUCACCUUCUUACGAGAUGUCGGUAGAGCAGGAACACGGUCAUCCUACACAAGUUGAUGCGUACCGUCCUCAUCAGCCAUACGGGUAUGGUCCAGCGGCAGGAAGCGGGUAUCCGCCUCAAGGCUGA